AUGGUAGAUACCCAGAAAUUGCAAUGUGAAAAGUUAAUGAGAGACAUCCACAACGACUUCAUGGAGAUUUUUAUUUAUGAAAGCUAUAUUAAUGAAUUUUACCGACAGAAUGAUAAAGAAGGAGCAGAAGUGAUAGAAGAGAAAAUCACGGACGAAGCUCAACCUAUCCCGGCUGUGAAUGAUAAAGAAGGAGCAGAAGUGAUAAAAGAGAAAAUCAUGGACGCAACUCAACCUAUCCCGGCUGUGAUAGAACAGGAGAAUGACAUAACACAGGGAGAAAAGAUAGAGGAAACUCAAGAAGAACCGAGAUCUGCUCCAGCCGGGGUAUGUAAUGUGUGUGUGUUUAGUCGUUUGCUAGUCCACUACCGGCGAGACUGGAGGGACUUUAAGUUUGCACUAUGA